AUGAAGUUCUCUACUGCCAUCUCCAUUGCUACCCUUGGCUUCGCCUCUGGCGUUCUCGCAAAUCCUACUCCGGUCAUCAACGAGCCUUCCCUCGUUAAGCGUGACUUGGCCUCCAUCGAGAGUGUUGUCAGUGGCAUCACAACGCAGGUGAACCAGCUCGACACAGACAUCAAGGCCGGUUCUUUGAACACGGUUCUCUCGGACUCAACAGCUCUAGUCUCCAUCAUCAACGCCGGUAUCACCACAGUGGACGCAUCGGCCGAUCUUUCUGAAAACGACGCCCUAACGCUCGCAAACUACAUUGGUGGUCUCAUCAAUGCCGUCAAUACGACCGUCACCGAUCUCAUCGGAAUCUCAUCGGCUGUCCAAGCGGCGGGAUUGGUCUCUACAACUUUGACGAAUCUCCAGGAUCAGUACACUGCAUCUCAGGGACUCGCUGAUGCUAUUACUGCCAAAGUGCCUUCUGAUUUGCAAUCGCUUUCUGCUCAGCUAGCUGCUUAUAUCACUACUUCUCUUCAGCAAGGUAUUGAUUACUACUCGUCCCUGCCUGCGACUUCAACUACUUCCAGCAGCAGUGUUGUCUCGAGUACUAGCGCUACUUCUGCUACUACCAGCCCUACUACUGCCCCUACUACCACACCUACCACUGCCCCUACUACCACACCUACUACUGCCCCUACUACCACACCUACCACUGCCCCUACUUCCACCAGCCCUGCCACAACCACCCCUACCACAUCUCCCACCGACACCGUUCCAACAUCCACUCCCACCUCUGCCGCGACCAGCACUGCAUCUGGCUCAUCAACCGUCGUGCCUACAUCCACUUCGGCACCCACCACUACAUCCUCAUUCUCCUCAACCGGCGUCUCAACAACCAAGACCACCACCCCCUCGUCCCGCGCCUCCAGCCAACCCGUCAGCGUAUCUUCUUCUUGGUCAUCAUCCACAGCUGGCCCAGGCGGCAGCAACGGCAGCACCACCACCUCCCAACCCGGUAGCUCACCUUCCGGUACCAACACCGCCCCUGGAGGUGGUGUCGUUCCCGGUGGCUCACCCUCUGGUACCAACACCGCCCCAGGAGGUGGUGUUGUCCCCGGCGCUAGCGGUACGUCGAAGACAUCUGGUACAGCGGGCUCGAGCACCAAGACUGGAAGCUCAGUCCCUACAUAUACCGGUGCCGCUUCUAUCAAUGGCUUGAACAUUCCUGCGCAGGGCUUGGCUAUCCUUGCUGCUGUUGCGUUUGCGCUUUAG